GAGUCGCCGCAGUUUAAUGGAGGAAUCAUUGCAGAUCCAAUGGGACUGGGUAAGACCCUGACGAUGAUUGCUCUCUGGAAAGCCGGAUACGACGCGCAAACCUCUCCCCGGUUUACAGUUAGUUGGAAAAGGAUAAUUCUGGGCGAGGGCGAGAGAUCUCUUCCCCAAACGCGGUUCAACCGCCUGAGUGACCUCGACACGAUAGUCAAGUUCAUCCGCAUCCAUCCGUACACGGACACCAGGCAGUUUGACGCCGACUUGUCGCAACUCUGGAAGCCCAAGGGCACGAUCAACCUACUCCGACGGCAUGACAAGCUUUGCCCCAUCGACUUCACGCGAGAAGAAAGGGCUGCGUACGACGAGAUG